AUGACCAGAGCUGUCCAUGCGGGCCCACAUAUUAUUAUUAUUGUUGAUACGGGAAAGAAUUGGCACCACAUUUCUAACGGCUCAACAGUCAUCACUCACCAAGAAGCUUUGAGAAUUGGGAUUGCAGCGAGAGUGCAAAAGCAUGAUUAAUGUCUACUUAUCUCUUCACAGACCUCUCCAAUUGAAUUCUUGUUUGCCCUACUUUAAUCCUACCGCAAGAAGAAGGAGACAAUCCUGCACUAUUCCAUCUCACCCACUGCUCCUCGCUCUUUCCGCGCGGCAAAAAUUUGCACACUUUCAGUUUGCUAGGAAACGACGUCGCUUCAUUACUUUUGCAUCCACCUUGGAGCUCCCACUUCUUCCCUUUCCUAUAGACCAGACACUUAUCCCUUCAGAGACCAAGUCACUUCACUUGUAUGAAGCCAGAUACCUAGCUCUGCUAGAUGAGUCUCUAUUUAGGAAAGAGAAGCUAUUUGUACACUUUGUGUUGGAUCCUAUUGCGAUUAAUGAUACAUCUGGAGAAGCAUCAUUUGCAGCCAGAUAUUGUUGCUUAGUUGUUAUAGAGAAAGUUGAGCGCUUAGAUGUUGGCGCGUUUGUCUCUAUAAGAGGCAUAGGCCGUGUCAAGAUUGUGCAUUUUGUGCAGGCAGAACCAUACUUGAGGGGCAUGGUCAUACCAUUUCAAGAUAACAUUCCACUCACGGUUACAGAUAUAAGUUCCAAAGUUUCAGAGUUGAAGGAAUCCAUUUGCAGUUUGAAUAGUUUAGAAAUAAAGCUGAAGGCCCCUAAAGAAGAAUUGUUGCAAACAAUGACUGCCAACUCUAUAGGGUGGGUGAAGAAGGCAUCUUUACUCGAUUGUGACAGCAAUUUCAUUCCAUCCAUGGCUGAGCUUGUGUCCUUUGCAGCACUCCAACCUGUUUCAGGAGCAACCCGAUCCGAUGUGGUGAAAUUGCAGAAGGAGAAGCUAAGAGCAAUGCACAUGAAAGACACAAUGGAGAGGCUAGACUUGUCGUCCAGAUACGUGAGAGAUAAUAUUUCCCUGGUCGCUGCAAAACUCGCGAUUCAAUCUUUAGAUGCCCCCUAGCCCCCCCUCUUCAUGUGUGGAUUCAAUGCCUGC